AGAGAAGUGUGUGGACCAGAACUGCUGUAGUUCAUUGCCAUGGACGACACCCAACCUGAAUCCACACAAGAGCCGAGCCCUGUACCCAGUGCAGUACCCAGCCCGCUGCUGGACAGAACCGCUUUGCCUGGAGUAAAUCAUGUGGAGCACAUAAAUGUGAACCAGAUCCAGGUGGAGGUACAACAUUGCUCCAGUCCAAAUAUUACUGAUGAGGCCACCUAUUUUAUUCCUCGAAACCCUGUGGUGGAUGCUGGCCCAGACCCACCACUGGUCUGCUGCCCUUUGCUCCAUAGAUUUUGCCCCUGUCCACCAAGAGCCCUCCUGGCCUCUCUCAUUACUAAAAUCCUUUUGGCAGCUGUGCUCUUUGGGGCCGUGUGGUCUAUCACAGAAGAUGAGUGUCUUCCAGGGGGAAACCUGUUUGGCAUCACAAUACUUUUUAUCUGUGCAGUCACUGGGGGUAAACUGGUGGCUCUCAUCCAUCUGCCAAAACUUCCACCGUUCCCACCACUGCUUGGUAUGUUGCUGAUGGGUAUCCUGCUGAGGAACAUUCCCGUUAUAACAGAGGGGGUGCACAUUGACUUUAGGUGGUCUGCUUCACUGAGAAACAUUGCCCUGGCAGUCAUUCUGACCAGAGCCGGUCUGGGGUUGGAUCCCACGGCUCUUAGGAAAGUAAAGUCUGUGUGUAUACGUGUGGCAUUUGGGCCCUGCAUAAUAGAGGCUUGCACCACAGCUCUGGUCUCGCACUUCCUCAUGGGCUUGCCCUGGGCGUGGGCCUUCAUCCUUGGCUUUGUGCUGGGCGCGGUCUCUCCAGCUGUGGUGGUUCCCUCCAUGCUGCUGCUGCAGAGGGAUGGUUACGGCCUGGAGCAGGGCAUCCCCACGCUGCUGAUGGCUGCAGGCAGCUUUGAUGACAUUCUCGCCAUCACUGGGUUCACCACCUGCUUGGGCAUAGCCUUCGCCACAGGCUCCACUUGGUACAACCUCCUGAGAGGUGUACUGGAGGUAGCAGGUGGGAUGGUUGCUGGGAUUCUUCUUGGCUUCCUCAUUCAGUACUUUCCUAGUGUUGACCAGAAACACAUAGUGAUAAAGCGUUCCUUCUUGGUGCUGGGUCUGUCGAUCUUUGCGGUGUUUGGCAGUGGUGUGGCCGGCUUCCCAGGCUCUGGCGGCCUUUGCACACUGGUGUUGGCAAUCCUGGCUGGGGCCGGCUGGGGGGGCCUGGGGAGCAGAGAAGGUAAUCACAUAUGCAUACAUUACCGUAAGGCACAUGUGGAGGAAGUGGUAGGCUGGGCAUGGGACGUGUUUCAGCCUCUGCUCUUCGGACUCAUAGGAGCAGAAAUUCGUGUCUCUGAGCUGGAGGGACACACAGUUGGUUUGGGUAUAGCCUCUCUGCUCAUCAGCCUGCUGGUUCGAGUCCUGUUCACCUUUGUUUGUGUGCUAUGUGCAGGCUUUAACAUGAGGGAAAAGGUAUUUAUAGCCUUAGCAUGGAUACCCAAAGCCACAGUGCAGGCAGCUAUAGGCUCAACAGCUUUAGACAUGGCCAGAACAAAGGAGGACAAGCAGCUGCAGAAGUAUGGCCUAGAUGUGCUGACAGUGGCUGUGCUGGCCAUCCUUCUCACAGCCCCUGUAGGGGCUCUUAUCAUUGGGCUUUCUGGUCCUCACCUGUUGCAGAGACCGAAGAACUCAGCCUGUGGAACUGCAGCAGGAGCUGAAGGUGAAACUCCUGUCACCUAUGAGAGCACACUCUGACAUCUCCUGUCAUCACCCAGGAAGUAAGGACAUUUCAAGGGGAUUCCCGUGUGAUUUCACACCAGAUUUCCUUCAGCCACUGAGUGGCUCUUUGUGUGUGUGUGUCUGUCUAUCUCUAUAUGGCGGGCAGCUCCAGACGUUUGCCAGCUGUAGGAGCACAUGAAUCACUCUGUAUUUAUAGCCUCUGGGGGCUUCCAGACCUCAGGCUCUAAACAAAUGACCCACAUCCCAGUGUCUGCACUGUCAUAAAGUUACACAAAAGAUGGAUUUGUUUCUGGCCUAAAUUAAUGUUUAACCAUAUACAAUAUUUAUGUUAGGGAUAUUAAUAUAUUUUACACUUUUGUAAAUGUAGAUAUUCUUUACAUCAUAUUUUUUAUUUUAUACAUAUGCACUGUAAAUGGAUUUGUUUGAUUUGUCUGAAUUUAUAUUACCUCAUUUAAGAGGUUCUUAUGUAUUAUUAGAAACUAUUUGAUGAGUUUACAGAAUUGAGCAGCAU